AUGGGCUCCAUGGCUCCUGAACUGCUGAACGGCACCUCUCACCAUGCCCAGAAUCCCGUCGAGGUUCCGUUAUUGAUCGUAGGGGCCGGGCCAGCGGGUGCUUCUCUGGCUUCCUUCCUCUCACAACCACCAUACUCGAUGACUGGACUCAUGAUCUCCGCUGCAUCGACAACAUCUCAGACCCCGCGCGCACAUAUCACCAAUCCAGCCGCUUUCGAAUGUCUACGAGACAUCGAUCUGGAGCAGACGUGUCUAGAGCAAUCUGUUCAAGGCGAUUGCAUGGUGCAUACGCGAUGGUGCCAUGACAUGACUGGUGAGGAGUACGGUCGGAUCUACUCGUGGGGUAACGACCCUAAGCGACGUGGCGAAUACGAAGCUGCAAGCCCCUGCAAUCACGUGGAUCUGCCCCAGACCGUCUUUGAACCAAUCGUGGUACAAAGGGCAGCUGCACAAGGCUGGGACGUCCGGUUUCGAACCAGUCUAAUCGAAUUCGAGAGGGAAGCCGAUGGUCGGAUUCUCAGUCGUCUGAGGGAUGAACUCACAAAGACGGAAUAUACCGUUCGGUCCAAAUAUCUGUUUGGCGCCGAUGGUGCUAGGAGUCAAAUCAUCCGCCAGUUACAGAUUCCCAUGAUAAAGAAACCUGGUCAAGGACUGGCACUCAAUGUGCUGGUCAAGGUGGAUCUGAGUGAAUUUGUUGAGGCGAGGAAAGGGAAUCUGCAUUGGGUUUUCCAACCGGACCAGGAAUAUCCAGACUUUGCUUGGAGUGGCUUGAUCAGAAUGGUGAAACCAUGGAACGAGUGGAUGUUCAUCCUAUUUCCCAAACCCGGUACUGAAUUCAAAGAACCCACACAUGAACAAUACCUCCAGCGAUGUAAACAGAUUGUCGGUCGUGACGACCUCCCUAUCGAGAUCCUCGACAUCUCCAAGUGGAACAUCAACGAGAUCGUGGCUCAAUAUUACUCUGACGGCAACAUCUUCUGCUUGGGCGAUGCAGUACACAGACAUCCACCAUUCAACGGCCUGGGCUCCAAUACUUGCAUCCAGGAUGCAUUCAACCUGGCGUGGAAGAUCAAAUACGUCGAUCAAGGCCUGGCUUCACCUUCUCUGUUGGAAAGCUUCAGCGUCGAGCGACAGCCUGUGGGUCUCGGCAUCGUGACACGUGCGAACCAAGGCAUCCGUGAUCACAUGCCAGUCUGGAAGGAAAUGGGGCUGAUGGAAGAGACACCCGAGGAACGGAUGAAAAUCGUCAACAGUCUCAAGACCGCUACCCCAGAGGCUCGCGAGCGGCGGAAGAGAGUUAACGCCGCCAUCGAAGGCACCAGUCACGAAUUCCACGGCAUUGGUGUGGAGAUGAAUCACCAGUAUGACUCAAGCGCCGUAUAUCUCGAUGAUGAGAUCAAGGCAGGUAGACCGAAGCCUGAGUGGCCUGAAGAUGCUGUCCUCCACCACCGUGUCAGCACGUACCCCGGACAUAGAUUGCCCCACGCGUGGCUGAACAAGACCAUGCCGCUCAAGAAGCAAAUCUCCACCAUCGAUCUCGCCGGACAUGGACGAUUCUCGCUCUUGACGGGAAUCGGGGGCGAGAAAUGGGUCGAAGCCGCCGAGAAAGUCGGCAAGGAGUUGGGUCUCGAGAUCAACGCCCACACCAUUGGUUGGGGACAGGAAUGGGUGGAUGUCUACAGAGACUGGGAGCGUAGACAAGAGAUCGAAGAAGACGGCUGCAUCCUCGUACGGCCCGAUCGAUUCAUCGCCUGGCGGUCAUUCAGCGUGCUCGAAGAUUGUGAGAGCAAGUUGCGCACGGUGCUCAAGAGCGUACUUGGUUUGUGA